AUGUCAGAGAGUAAGGCUCAUACAGAAGCUGAAAUGAAGGGAUGGCUUAGUAAAUGGACAAAUUAUUUGAGAGGAUAUCAAAGACGUUGGUUUGUUUUAUCUGAUGGGCUUCUCUCUUAUUAUAGAAACAAAGCUGAGAUGUCACAUACUUGUCGUGGCACAAUUUGUCUUGAUGGAGCUACAAUAGAUAUAGCUGAUUCCUGUACUUUUGUUAUUUCUAAUGGCUCAACUCAGAGUUUCCAUUUGAGGGCAGCAAAUGAGGUUGAACGCCAAAGAUGGGUGACAGCUCUUGAAUUAGCAAAAUCAAAAUGCUACAAAAAUGUAGAAUCAGAUGAAGAAGAUGAUGCGUAUGAAUCUGGUCAAAAAUGUGAAGUUUCCUUAAUAAUGAAGGAAAUAACAGCAUGUUUAGAACAGAUGGAAACCUGUAGCCAACUCAUUUCUAAGCGGGAUUCAGCUCUCCAGAGAGCUCUUUCAGAGUUAGACCUUAUUGAUCCGGGCCAAGCUCUGUCAGGAAAAAUGAAAGCAAUUAAUGAGAAGGCAACCCUUCUCCGUAUUACUUCUAAUGCUAUGAUGAAUACUGCUAAGGAGUAUGUUAAACUGGCUGAAAGCUUCAGCAAAAAAUAUGAAAAAAUGUUACAGCAAGAAAGAACUAAAAAAGAAAAAUUAGAAGAAAUUGUAGAACAACUUGCUAGACAACAUUCUAUUUUAGAACAAGCUGCAAAAGAUCAUAGACGAACUAAACCCAGCACUUCACCUUCUGAUGAAGAAGAAGAUAGUACUGAAUUUUAUGAAUGUGAAGAUGAUGUAUCCUGUACCUCUGAUGCAUCAAACUUUGUCCUGAAAAUUCCAAGUUGUCAACGUAGAAUGUCAUCACCCCUUAAUACCAACAAGUGUAAUGACAAUCAAGGUGAAACAUCUGGAUCAAGCAGUGAUGUAGAGGAUGGUGGUGAAGUGGAAGUUGUCGUAAUGCCAGAAGUUAAUAGUAAAGAUACAAAAAAAGCUUGUUCUAUUACUCCACCUACUGUUAUUGCUAGAGCUGGAAGAAGAAGGACAAGGGUUCCACCUAAACCUAAUUAUCCACUUAACCUUUGGAGUAUUAUGAAAAAUUGCAUUGGGAAGGAACUGACAAGGAUUCCUAUGCCAGUCAACUUCUCCGAACCAUUAUCAAUGCUUCAACGGUUAACAGAAGAUUAUGAAUAUGCUUGUGUCUUGGAUUAUGCUUCAAAAUUGACUGAUUCCUGUGAGCAACUUGCCUAUGUUGCAGCAUUUACUGUUUCCAGUUAUGCUACUACUUCUAAUCGAACUGGAAAACCUUUUAAUCCUCUAUUAGGUGAAACCUAUGAAUGUGAUCGAAUGGAUGACUUAGGAUGGAGAGCUAUUUCUGAGCAGGUAUCACAUCAUCCCCCUAUGGUGGCAUUACACUGUGAAGGAAAAAAUUGGAAAUGUUGGCAGGAGUUUACUAUGACAUCAAAAUUUAGGGGAAAAUAUCUCCAGCUUAUCCCUUUAGGUACAGCCCAUUUGAUCUUUGAUUCAGGUAAUCACUACACUUGGAGGAAAGUUACUACCACUGUGCAUAACAUCAUUGUAGGAAAGUUAUGGGUUGAUCAACAUGGGGAUAUGGAUAUCAUUAACCAUAAAGAUGGAUCUAAAUGUCGUCUAACAUAUAUACCAUAUAGUUAUUUUAAUAGAGAAGCACAGAGAAAGGUAAAAGGAUGUGUGAUGGACAAAGAUGGAAAAGUUAAUUGGGUAAUCAAUGGAAACUGGGACAGUAAAAUAGAAAUAGCCCCUGUAGUUAGUGUUGAAGGAACCCCUGAUAAUCCUAUUUAUAAAACUGGGCCUUAUACUGUUGCUUGGGAAAGGAGACUUCCUCCCCCAGACUGUGAGAAGUAUUAUAAUUUUACUGAAUUGGCCUGUCAGUUAAAUGAACCUGAAGAAGGAGUGGCCCCUACUGAUUCUAGAAACCGUCCAGACCAGAGAUUAAUGGAAGAAGGAAAGUGGGAUGAAGCCAAUACAAUCAAAGUACAAUUAGAAGAAAAGCAAAGAGCUGCACGUAAGGAGAGGGAAGCAUCUGAAAUAGGAACAGGCAAAAUUGUACCCUACGAGCCAGUAUGGUUCAAAAAAGAAGUUGAACCUGUUACUGGAAAUCUCAUACAUAUAUUUAAAGAUGAGUACUGGGAUUGCAAAAGUAAUCAAGAAUGGAGCAAAUGUCCUAAUAUAUUUUAA